AUGAUGCCCAUCACGCUGAUGAGGGUGUUGCUGGCUCUGGCCUUCACCUUGCCAGGGACCCUGGGCGCAGAAGGAGCCCCUGGCCGGCGCUCCAUGGCUCGAUGCAGCCUCUUUGGGCUGGACUUCAUCAACACCUUUGAUGACAGCAUGUACAGCUUUGCAGGAGACUGCAGUUACCUCCUGGCUGGGGACUGCCACAAACACUCCUUUUCACUCUUUGGGGACUUCCAAAAUGGCCAAAGAGUGAGUCUCUCUGUGUAUCUGGGUGAAUUUUUUGACAUUCAUUUGUUUGUCAACGGAACCAUUCUGCAAGGCAACCAAAUCGUCUCCAUGCCCUAUGCCUCCAAAGGGCUGUACGUGGAAACAGAGGCUGGGUACUACAAGCUUUCCAGUGAGGCCUAUGGCUUUGUGGCCAGAAUCGACGGCGAUGGCCACUUUCAGGUGUUGUUGUCAGACCGAUACUUCAACAAGACCUGUGGGCUAUGUGGCAACUUCAACAUCUUUGCUGAGGAUGACUUCAGGACUCAAGAAGGGUUCCUGACCUCGGAUCCUUAUGAUUUUGCCAACUCCUGGGCCAUGAGCAGUGGAGAACGGUGCAGACGGACAUCCCCUCCCCGUGGUCCAUGCAAUGUCUCCUCAGAAGAAGUGCAGAAGGAUCUGUGGGAGCAUUGCCAGCUUCUGAAGACCGCGUCAGUGUUUGCCCGCUGUCACUCACUGGUGGACCCCGAACCCUUCGUGGCGCUGUGUGAAAAUGCUCUAUGUGUGUGUGGGCAGGAGCCAGAGUGCCCGUGCGCUGCCCUGCAGGAGUAUGCCCGAGCCUGCGCCCAUCAGGGCAUGGUGUUGUACGACUGGACGGAGCCCAGCGGGUGCCGACCGGCAUGCCCAGCAGGCAUGGAGUACCGGGGCAUGUGUGCUCCUUGUACCAGGACAUGUCAGAGCCUGAAGAUCCAAGAAGGUUGUGCGGAGGACUGCGUAGAUGGCUGCACCUGCCCUGAGAGACAGCUCCUGGAUGCGGGGAGGUGCGUGGAGAGCUCUGAGUGUUACCUGUAUGCAAUGCGGGAAGCGGUUCCUCUCCUGGGUCUUCCCCUCUCACAAGACCUGCAACACUGCAUCUGUCGGAAUAGCAUGUGGAUCUGCAGCAAUGAAGAAUGUCCAGGGGAGUGCCUCGUCACAGGACAGUCCCACUUCAAGACCUUUGACAACAGACAUUUCACCUUCAGCGGCGUCUGCCAGUACCUGCUGGCCCGGGACUGCCGGCACCAGACUUUCUCCAUCAUGAUUGAGACAGUCCAGUGUGCUGAUGACCCCGAUGCUGUCUGCACCCGCUCAGCCACUGUUCGCCUGCCAGGACUGCCCCACAGUCUUGUGAAGCUGAAGCAUGGUGGUGGAGUGGCCAUGGAUGGCCAGGAUGUCCAGCUCCCCCUCCUGCAAGGUGACCUCCGCAUCCAGCACACUGUGAUGGCUUCCGUGCGUCUCAGCUAUGGAGAAGACUUGCAGAUGGACUGGGAUGGCCGGGGGACAUUGCUGGUGAAGCUCUCUCCAGUCUUCGCGGGGCACACGUGUGGGCUGUGCGGGAAUUACAACGGCAACCGGGGCGACGACUUCUUGACACCCUCCGGCCUGGUGGAGCCACUGGUGGAGGAUUUUGGCAAUGCCUGGAAACUGCACGCAGACUGCGCAGACCUGCCCAGGCAGCCCAGUGACCCCUGCACCCUUAACCCACGCCAAACCAGGUUUGCCGAGGAAGCCUGUGCCCUCUUGACAUCCUCCAAAUUUGAGGCCUGCCAUGCAGCUGUGAGCCCCCAGCCCUACCUGCGCAACUGUCGCUUCGACGUGUGCUCCUGCGCCGAUGGCAGGGACUGUCUCUGCGACGCAGUGGCCAACUACGCUGCGGCCUGUGCCCGGAAAGGCGUACGUGUUGCAUGGCGAGAGCCUGACUUCUGUGCACUGAGCUGUCCAGAGGGCCAGACUUACCUGCAGUGCGGAACCUUCUGCAACACGACCUGCCGUUCCCUCUCCCACCCGGAGGAGGAAUGCCCUGAGGCCUGCCUGGAGGGCUGCUUCUGCCCCCCAGGGCUCUACCAGGAUGAGAGGGGCGACUGCGUGCCCCAGGCCCAGUGCCCCUGCUACUACGAUGGCGAGAUCUUCCAGCCCGAAGACAUCUUCUCAGACCAUCACACCAUGUGCUACUGCGAGGAUGGCUUCAUGCACUGCACAACGAGUGGCACCCCGGGAAGCCUGCUGCCAGAUGCGGUCUUCUCCAGCCCCCUGUCUCAUCGAAGCAAAAGGAGCUUGUCAUGUCGGCCACCUAUGGUCAAGCUGGUGUGUCUGGCCGACAACCCACGGGCAGAAGGGCUGGAGUGUGCCAAGACAUGCCAGAACUAUGACCUGGAAUGCAUGAGCACUGGCUGCGUGUCUGGUUGCCUAUGCCCUGAGGGCAUGGUCCGGCAUGAAAACAAGUGUGUGGCCCUGGAAAGGUGUCCCUGCUUCCACCAGGGCCGAGAGUACGCCCCAGGAGAGACGGUGAAGGUAGACUGUAAUACCUGCAUCUGUCGGGACCGGAAGUGGAACUGUACGCAGCACUCAUGUGAUGCCACCUGUUCUGCCAUUGGCAUGGCCCACUACCUGACAUUUGAUGGGCUCAGCUACCUCUUCCCUGGCGAGUGCCAGUAUGUCCUGGUGCAGGAUUACUGUGGUGGCAACUCCGGAACCUUCCGCAUCCUGGUGGGGAAUGAAGGGUGCAGCUACCCCUCGGUGAAAUGCAAGAAGCGGGUCACCAUCCUGGUGGAAGGAGGGGAGAUUGAGCUCUUGGAUGGAGAGGUGACCGUGAAGAGAACCCCGAAAGAUGAGACGCAUUUUGACGUGGUGGAGUCAGGGCGUUAUGUCAUCUUGCUGCUGGGCCAGGCUCUGUCUGUGCUCUGGGACCGCCACCUGGGCAUCUCAGUGGCCCUGAAACAGACAUACCAGGAACGGGUGUGCGGUCUGUGCGGGAACUUCGAUGGCAUCCAGAACAACGACUUCACCAGCAGCAGCCUGCAGCUGGAGGAGAACCCCGUGGACUUUGGGAAUUCUUGGAAGGUGAACCCCCAGUGUGCUGACACCAAGAAGGUGCUUCUGGACACAGCCCCCGCCACCUGCCGUGACAACAUCCUGAAGCAGACAGUAGUAGACAAGUCUUGCAGGAUCCUCACCAGCGACAUUUUCAGGGAGUGCAACAAGCUGGUGGACCCUGAACCCUUCUUGAACAUCUGCAUCUACGACAGCUGCUCUUGUGAGUCGGUCGGGGACUGUUCCUGCUUCUGUGACUCCGUGGCAGCCUACGCCCUCCUGUGCGCUCAACAUGGCGAGGUGGUAAACUGGAGGACAGCCAGCCUGUGCCCCCAGAGCUGUGAGGAGCGGAAUAUGAGGGAGAGCAACUGUAACUGUGAGUGGCGCUACGACAGCUGUGGCCCCGCUUGCCCCGUCACCUGCCAGCACCCUGAGCCCCUGGCAUGCCCAGUGCGGUGUGUGGAGGGCUGCCACGUCCAGUGUCCUCCAGGGAAGAUUCUAGAUGAGCUGCUGCAGACUUGUGUGAACCCAGAGGACUGUCCUGUGUGUGAGGUGGCCGGCCGGCGCUUAGCUCCUGGGAAGAAAAUCACACUAAACCCCACCGACCCGCAGCAUUGCCAGAUCUGCCACUGUGAUGGCGCCAACCUUACCUGUGAAGCCUGCAAGAUGCCCGGAGGCCUGGAGGUGCCCCCCACAGAGAGCCCGCUGAGCGCCACGACCCCCUACCUGGAGGACACUCCGGAGCCCCCUCUGCACGACUUCUUCUGCAGCAAGUUGCUGGAUUUGGUCUUCCUGCUGGACGGCUCAAACAAGCUGUCGGAGGCCGAGUUCCAGGUACUGAAGGCCUUCGUGGUGGGCACCAUGGAGCGGCUGCACAUCUCGCAGAAGCGCAUCCGAGUGGCCCUGGUAGAAUACCAUGACGGCUCCCAUGCCUACCUGGGCCUGCACGACCGCAAGCGGCCAUCAGAACUGCGCCGUGUGGCCAGCCAGGUACGCUAUGCCGGCAGCGAGGUGGCCUCCACCAGCGAGGUGCUCAAGUACACGCUCUUCCAGAUCUUCAGCAAGAUUGACCGGCCCGAAGCGGCUCGAGUGGCCCUGCUGCUGACGGCCAGCCAGGAGCCACCGCGCCUGGCCCGCAACCUGGUGCGGUAUGUGCAGGGCCUGAAGAAGAAGAAGGUGGCUGUCAUCCCCGUGGGCCUGGGUCCCCAUGCCAGCCUUAAGCAGAUCCGCCUCAUCGAGAAACAAGCACCUGAGAACCGGGCCUUUGUGCUGAGCAGUGUGGAUGAGUUGGAGCGACGGAGGGAUGAGAUUGUGGGCCACCUCUGUGACAUGGCCCCAUCGCCGGUGGAGGCGGCACCACCACUAGAACCGGUUGCCCGAGUCACAGCAGCUCCUGAGCUCCCGGGGACACCCACCCUUGGACCCCAGAGGAAGGCCGUGGUCCUGGAUGUGGCGUUUGUCCUCGAGGGGUCAGAGAAGAUUGGGGAGGCCAAUUUCAACAAAAGCCUCGAAUUCGUGGAGGAAGUGAUUGGGAGGAUGGACGUGGGCCAGGACGCCGUGCAUGUCACAGUGCUGCAGUUCUCCUACACCGUGUCCCCCGAAUACACCUUCCGGGAGGCUCAGGCCAAGAGUGACAUCUUGCAGCACGUUCGGGAGAUUCGCUACCAAGGGGGCAACUCCACCAAUGCGGGCCAGGCCCUGCAGUACCUGUCUCAGCACAGCUUCUCGGCAGAUCUGGGUGACCGGGAGCAGGCCCCCAACCUGGUCUACAUGGUGACUGGCAGCCCGGCCACCGAUGUGAUUCAACGUAUGCCCGGAGACAUCCAGCUGGUGCCCAUCGGUGUGGGCCCACAUGCUGACGUGCGGGAGCUGGAGCGCAUGGGCUGGCCCUACGCGCCCAUUCUCAUCCAGGACUUUGAGACGCUGCCCCGGCAGGCUCCCGACCUGGUGCUGCAGAUGUGCUGCUCUGGAGAUGGGUUGCACCUCCCCACCCUCUCCCCUGUCCCAGACUGCAGCCAGCCCUUGGACGUGCUUCUCCUCCUGGAUGGCUCCUCCAAUGCUCCAGCCUCCUACUUCGACGCCAUGAAGAGCUUUGCCAAGGCCUUCAUUUCUGGAGCCAACAUAGGGCCCCAUCUCACCCAGGUGUCUGUGCUGCAGUAUGGGAGCAUCACCACCAUCGACGUGCCCUGGACGGUGGCCCAGGAGAGCUCCCACUUACAGAGCCUGGUGGACCUCAUGCAGCGCGAGGGAGGCCCCUGCCAAGUCGGGGAUGCUCUGGGCUUUGCUGUGCGGUAUCUAACUUUGGAAGUCCACGGAGCCAGGCCCGGCGCCUCCAAGACUGUGGUCGUUCUGGUCACAGAUGUCUCCACCGAUUUGGUGGAUGCUGCAGCAGCUGCCGCCAGAUCCAAUCGAGUGACCGUGUACCCCAUCGGAAUUGGGGAUCACUAUGACACGACCCAGCUGAGGACCUUGGCAGGCCCGGAGUCUGUCUCCAAUGUAAUCGAAGUGCAGAGAAUCGAAGACCUCUCCACUGUGGCCACCCCAGGAAGCUCCUUCUUCCGAAGAUUGUGCUCUGGAUUUCUUCAUGUCUGCGUGGAUGAAGAAGGGAAUGAGAAGAAGCCCGGGGACGUCUGGACCCUGCCCGAUCAGUGCCACACAGUGACUUGCCUGCCAGAUGGCCAGACCUUGCUGCAGAGUCACCGAGUCAACUGUGACCGGGGGCCCAGGCCUUCAUGCCCCAACAGCCAGUCCCCAAUCAGGGUGGAGGAGACUUGUGGUUGCCGCUGGGCCUGCCCCUGCGUGUGCAGUGGCAGCUCCACCAGGCACAUUGUUACCUUCAACGGGCAGAACUUGCAGCUGACCGGAAGCUGCUCGUACAUCCUCUUCCACGCCCCAGAGCAGGACCUAGAAGUGAUUCUUCACAACGGAGCCUGCAGCCUUGGGGCCAGGCAGGCCUGCAUGAAGUCUCUGGAGCUGAAGCAUGACGGGCUCUCUGUGCAGCUACACAGUGACAUGGAGGUGACAGUCAACGGGAGACUGGUCCCUGUCCCCUAUGUGGGGGGCAAUAUGGAAGUCAACAUCUAUGGCUCCAUCAUGCACGAGGUCAGGUUCAACCAGCUCGGCCACAUCAUCACUUUCACACCCCGAAACAAUGAGUUCCAACUGCAGCUCAGCCCCAAGACCUUGGCUUCCAAGAAGACCCCUGGUCUCUGCGGGAUUUGUGACGAGAACAGGGCCAGUGGCUUCCUGCUGAGGGAUGGCUCAGUCACCACCAAUACGGAGAGACUCAUUGAGGACUGGACUGUGCAACAGCUGGGACAGACGUGCCAGCCUAUCCCAGAGGAGCACUGUCCUGUCCCCAGCAGCUCCCGAUGCCAGAUUCUCCUCUCGGCACUGUUUGCCGAGUGCCACCAAGUCCUCGCCCCCACCACUUUUUUUGACAUCUGCCAACAGGCCAGCUGCCACCAGGAACAGGUCUGCGAGGCUGUCGCUUCGUACGCCCACCUCUGUCGCACCAGUGGGGUCUGUGUUGACUGGAGGACCCCGGACUUUUGUGCCAUGUCCUGCCCGCCAUCCCUGGAGUACAACCACUGUGAACGUGGCUGUCCCCGGCACUGCGAGGGCAACACAAGCAUCUGUGCAGACCAUCCCUCAGAAGGAUGCUUCUGUCCCCCAAACCAUGUGCUGCUAGAUGGCAGCUGUGUCCCCGAGGAGGCCUGCACCCAGUGUGUAGGGGAGGAUGGAGUACGGUACCAGUUUUUGGAGACCUGGGUCCCUGACCACCAGCCCUGCCAGAUCUGCAUGUGCCUCGAGAAGCGGAAAAUCAACUGCACGUCACAGCCCUGCCCCACGGCUAGAGCUCCCGCUUGUGGCCCUUGUGAAGUGGCCCGUCUCCACCAAGGGUCCGGCCAGUGCUGCCCUGAGUACGAGUGUGUGUGUGACCUGGUGAGCUGUGACCUUCCCCCAGUGCCUCGUUGUGAAGGUGGCCUCCAGCCAACACUGACCAACCCUGGCGAGUGCAGACCCAACUUCAUCUGUGCCUGCAAGAAGGAAGAGUGUGGUAGUGAGCCUCCGCCUGCCUGUCCCCCGCACCGGACACCGGCUCUCCAGAAGACCCAGUGCUGUGAUGAGUACGUUUGUGCUUGCAACUGUGCCAACUCCACAGUGAGCUGCCCGCUGGGGUACUUGGCCUCGACUGUCACCAAUGACUGUGGCUGUACCACCACCACCUGUCUCCCUGACAAGGUGUGUGUCCACCGGGGCACUGUCUACCCUGUGGGCCAUUUCUGGGAGGAGGGCUGCGACACAUGCACCUGCACAGACUUGGAGGACGCCGUGGUGGGCCUGCGCGUGGCCCAGUGCUCCCAAAAACCCUGCGAGGACAGCUGCCGCUCGGGCUUUACGUAUGUGCUGCAUGAAGGCGAGUGCUGUGGACGGUGCCUGCCUGCGGCCUGCGAGGUGGUCGUUGGCUCCCCAAGGGGGGACUCCCAGAUUUCCUGGAAGAGUGUGGGAUCUCGCUGGGCCUCCCCCAGAAACCCCUGCCUCAUCAAUGAGUGUGUGCGGGUCAACGAGGAGGUCUUCGUGCAGCAGAAGAACGUCUCAUGCCCACAGCUAGACGUGCAGGUCUGCCCUGUGGGCCUGCAGCUAAGCUGCCACACAGAGGAAUGCUGCCCUGUCUGCCACUGUGAACCUGUGGAGGCAUGUGUGUUCAAUGGCACCAUCAUUGGGCCUGGGAAGAGCCUUAUGACUGACGUGUGCACCUCAUGUCACUGCAACCUAGAGGAGGGCCCAGUUUCUGGAUUCAAAUUGGAGUGCAGAAAGACUACCUGCAGCGCUUGCCCCCCGGGCUACAAGGAAGAGAAGUUACAAGGAGAAUGCUGUGGGAGAUGUCUGCCAACUGCUUGCACCAUUCAGCUUCGGGGAGGACAGAUCAUGACACUGAAGCGUGAUGAGACGAUUCAGGAUGGUUGUGAUAGCCACUUCUGCAAGGUCAACGAGAAAGGAGAGUACAUCUGGGAGAAGAGGAUCACAGGCUGCCCGCCCUUUGAUGAACACAAGUGUCUGGCUGAGGGCGGGAAAGUCACGAAAGUACCUGGAACCUGCUGUGACACCUGUGAAGAGCCUGAUUGCAAGGACAUCACUGCAAGGCUGCAGUAUGUCAAAGUGGGGAGCUGUCAGUCGGAUGUGGAAGUGAACAUUCACUACUGCCAGGGCAAAUGUGCCAGCAAAGCCAUGUACUCCAUCGACACAGACGACGUGCAGGACCAGUGCUCCUGCUGCUCACCAACUCGCACAGAGCCCAUGCGGGUGCCCCUGCACUGCACCAAUGGCUCCACCAUCUACCAUGAGGUCCUCAAUGCCCUGCAGUGCCAGUGCGCCCCUCGGAAGUGUAUCAAGUGAGGCCCGCUGUGUCCCCCUGAGGGCUCUGCCCCCCACAACCAGGCUUCUGUUUGGUCUCCCUGACUUGUUCUGCACUCUCUCAAGCCUUCCUGAACCUCCCAAUAAAGAUGGAACUCUUUUGCAAAA